ACAGGGUUGUGCACACGCACGUUCAAGUAGAGUUGGACCCACAUGCUCGUCCGCAGAGCCCAGUCAGCAUUUGACUCAGUAGUGGCAGCAGGGGAUCUAGGAUUUCCACUUGUCAGAUAUAACUCCCCGUUACCGAAAUCCAGUGCAGCCAAAAUGUCAAAGUUGGACCAGAUCCUUGUCCUUGACCCUCCCGUCGACCUCAAAUUUAAAGGUCCUUUUACAGAUGUAGUCACCACCAACCUUAAACUGAAGAACCCCUCUGACAGAAAAGUCUGUUUCAAAGUGAAGACGACUGCGCCGCGCAGAUACUGUGUACGGCCAAACAGUGGUGUCAUUGAUCCUGGAGCAACUGUCAUUAUCUCUGUUAUGCUACAGCCCUUUGACUAUGACCCCAAUGAGAAAAGUAAACACAAAUUCAUGGUGCAGACCAUUUUUGCCCCAUCAACUGUUUCUGACAUGGAUUCAUUGUGGAAAGAGGCAAAACCAGAUGAUCUCAUGGAUUCCAAGCUGAGAUGUGUUUUCGAGCUGCCUUCUGAAAACGAUAAAGUGAAUGACGUGGAGGCGACCAAAGCAGCCCCGGUGAUGAACUCUGCGAAGUCCGACUCCUCAGCAUCCUCGGUGCCUCUCACUGCCUCCCUGGACGACCCGGAGAUGAAGAAAGUGAUGGAGAAGUGCAAGAGGCUGCAGAAUGAGAUGAACAAGAUGACCGACGAGAACCGGCAAUUAAAG